AUGUCUUCAUUCACCUUCUCAGAAGUCGUUAACCCCAACGUCGACAAGCUCCAGCAGGCCUUCGCUGACUUGCGACUCAAGUUGGUCCAUGAGGAGUGGGUGCACGACUGGACUAAGCUUGUGCAGGAACUUAGCGACAAUGCACUCAACUGCAAGACCUACAAUAUGAACCUUCCACUUUUGUCGGAUGAGGUUGCAUUGGGUCGCAAGGCGGAAGAGGCCAACAAAUUAUACUCUGGUCAAGUUCACGCCUACAAGGUGGAGGUCCAGCGACUUGUGGACGAGCAGGCGGCGCUUGAGCAGGAGAAGAGUAAGGAGCGGGAGAUGGAGUCAGAGAAGGGGAAAGAGAAGGAGAAGUCGGGCGAGACAGAUGAGGCCAUGGACAACGCAGAUGCCGACGCUGAUGUGGAAGGGGAGUUGGAUGAAGAGGAGGUGGAUGUUCAUCCUCCUUGGGUCGCUGAACGUGCUGCAACUGUUGGCGCCGUGGUGGGUAGGAGGAAGGCAUUGAAGCCUCCACGCGCUGUCGCACCUGUCGUACAUCCUGUCCCUUGUGCUCGAUGUGUCAAGGCCAAGAAGCCUUGCGUCGGCAAGCCAGGAAAUUCCUGCAAGCUCUGCAAGGAUGCUCGCAAGAAGUGCGAAUACUCUACCCAUAGGCGUGGAGUCGCAAAGGAGAGAGCUGCCGCUUGUGUCAUUGCAGCAAAGGCGGCGGUCAAGGCACCCUCUGCUCCCGCUCCAGGUUCCUCUGCGGGGCAGGGUGUCCUUAUCCGCCAUCCUAGGGAGACUCCAGAGGAUGCAACUACCACCAAUUCAGAAGAAGAGGAGGAGGAAGAAGAAGAAGAAGAAGAGUCAGUAGAGGACUCACGAAAGUGGAAGUCGCCAGAGAGUCGGGAGGUUGAGUUUGACCUCCUGGCAGAUGCUGAUGCUGACGAUGAAGACAUUUAUCUGGAAGGCAAGGUGUGGGCACUAUACACCAAGAUGCUGACUAUGCAGGGGAUGCUUAUGGAAAUGAUGACGGAGGUGGAUUCCUUGGCGGUGUGCUGCAAGAAGAGGAGGAGGCUUCGGUAG